UGUUGUCUGUCCCGUACUCGUGUCAUAACCUGAACGUGGAGUGUUGUGAGAGAGUGAUCUGCACGAGUAUUUACAUACUCACGCCACCCCGUGUGUCCUAUAUGUACGCGCACGUCACCACCCUGAUUCACUUCACACUAUGCUGCCGAGCAGGACGGACAGUGUAUAUCCUUCCCAGGUCCCUGAAUUUUGAAAAUGAAACUCAUGGCAAUGGGAAUUCCCAAGCAACAAGACAAAUGAAAACCAUUGACGUCACAACUUCGGCCAGUGUUCUAUUUGGACUGACCAACAUGAUUCUGACAGAGAUGGUCAGUCACGACAUACUUGAUGAUCCAGACAUCGAGAAGAUCUACAGAAAUACCACCUCGAUGCUGACGUUUUUAAUACGUACUAAUUUCUCUGGCCGCCCUGACAUCGCCCUUACGUAUCAUCCGUCCGAAUUCCAGUUAUAUUGGUCGGUCGCCAGGACGCUGUCGAUUCUCCGUCGUCAUAUAAUGAGACACGGACUGUAUCACCAGGCACUGGUAGCUGUUAUGUUAGAGCUAAAGGAAGUCUUACAGGGACCCUGUACCGACAGACUUUUGAGUAUUGCGACCACAGUCGGACCUGGUCAGGUGUAUUUCGAAGAUUACAAUAUGAACAGAGAGACGAGACUGUUCAGCACGGCUAUGGCUAUGCUCACCAUACUGUCGAGCUGGACAGUGUUUGACGAGGGCUCUGGCUACCUAGUGUGGGAGGAAUAUACACCAGCCGAUUUAAUAGUCACGAUGGAGCGAGCAGCAACGUGGUUAAACCGUUACAUCCUCGGUGAAAAAUACAGACCUGGAAAUGAAUUGUUGUCUUGGCAACGGCGUGGAGUACAUCUUGACACAUUCCCUGCUAACGUAUGUCUGUAUGAGAACGGGACCGCUUCACCAAUCACGCCACAAUUCCCCUGUGAUGAUCCACUAAACUCUACCCGGGCAGUCCAGGGCGUGGUCUCGGCGGAGUGGUACCAGGAUCAGCUGACGGGUGGUAAAACUGUAGAACGUGGUCAUGGCUACGGUGAUGCUACCAGUGAAAACCUUAUUUGGACGUCAAAGGCUCUCACGUACGCUACAUCAAUGUAUGCUCUGUCGUGUCAUCACAACACCAUUGCAUAUGACGAAGCCUACAGAAAGACGUAACCAUGUCAACUCUGACGACGGACGCCUACAAGUUGACAUAACUUUAUCGAAUAUAUGACGACGCUUUCGUGAGGACAAAACAAGAUUGACUAUGACUACGCUUAAAUGUUGAGAUAACAACAUUGACAAUGACAUAGCCUGCAUUGAGGACAUACUUAAAUUGACAAUGACACCUAAAAGAGGACACAAUAGCAUAUAUAUAGUGGAUAUCUAACAGUGUCUUCAGUUAUACCAAAUAUAUUUCACGAGUGUGGCUAAUAUUUUGAUAUAUUUUACGACUGCACAGCAUAGAAAGUUUAGAAAAAGUCCCGUCAUAUCAACUCCGAUCACUUUGUAUUGUUGAUAAGCGCCGAAUCUACAAUGGUCGAGAGUUGGGGAAAUCCAGAGUUGUUUUGUCUUCACUUAUCCUGAUGAUAAAAUAACAACACCACCUGUGUAAGGUAUACUUAUGUCCCCGGUUCUAUUAUACUUUCUGCCAAUCGCUUAGCCCAAUUUUGGACUUGGAGACGCUGACACCGCGUCUCAUUUGACACGAGUGUUCUCCGAUCAAAUAGUUAGAAUCGCUGACUUGCAUAGUCUGCUUGCUUUCAUGAAAAUUAAAGUCAACUGUGAAAUUAAACGUUGUGUUUCCCCCAGAAAAAAACUCCCCCAUGAUAGGUAACAUAUCAGAUGUCUCAGACGGAUUUUUCUCGAGGCCUGCGUAUAGUUUAGCUAACCAGGCUUUGACCAGAUGGUCCACUUGCAAUUUUUCCAGUGGUAGUAUUUAAUCAGUGUAUUGAUGGUCAAAUAGCAAAUGUGAUAAUCACUUUUAUAGAAUGAAUAAUUUUCAAUACUUCACUGGUAAAAAAAGUAAUAAAUUCAAAAUGCAAUCACGAAGACUACAUCGCUUAUGACGACACCAUUAUGUCGACAUGAUGACAUUUAUUUUUUACGACGCCUACAGCCAAAAUGAGACACAAUCAACGUGACAUUGAAGUAACGAACUGUCAGACUACAGUUUAGUAUUAUCUAUGUUUUGUACAAAUAAUUACCAUGUCUGUAGGUAUUUAUUUUAUAUUUUAUAAUAUAGUUGAUAUUAUCAAAUGUACGUUACGAGAGAGGUGUAUUACAUAUUAUAUACAGAUAAUAUACAAUUAUAUCUGGUAGAUGAAUAAAAUA